CUCUGGUGUCAAGAAGGCAAGCUUCAAGUCAAGAAGAAGAGAGGAAGGAGCACCUCGGCAGACGGACAGGGUCGGUCUCGUCUUUGUUCGGCUUAUACCCUUCCUCUCUCCGGGGGGUGGACACAGCGUGCAUAGAGUGAACGGGGAUAAGGGUUUCGGUCCGCAGCGAUAGGACGGCGUGAGGCUUGCCUUCUGGGCUCACUGGGCAUCAGAGCUGCGCCAGACAAAUUAGCUGUGCCAGUCAUCAUGCAGGAAGCCACAUCUCCGGUGGCUCUGCCGGUCAAUGUCGAUACGACGGGCGCCAAGAUCAUGGACAGUCAGGCUUCAAGGCCGCAGCACAACGACAGCCGCGACAUCUACCUGCCCAACCAUGUCGAGACCGUCAGCCAUAUUGCCGUUGACAUUGGCGGCUCGCUGGCCAAGGUUGUCUACUUUACCAGGUCGGCCAAUACCGCGUCGUCGAGCCACGACGGCACGGAAAUGGAGGCCGGUAUACCUCUGACCCCUCCCGGCAAGUCGCAAGGUGCAAAAGUGGCGCCCAUUGGCGAUGCCGGGCCUUCGACACCUCCUUCUACAUUCGGUGCACACUCGCGAGAAUCGUCUGCUUUUGGCACCCGCUCGCCUCUCCCAUACCCCUACGCACAUCAGACGGCCGAUGGUGCGGCGGCAGUACCUGCAGGUACCUUGACUCCAACGUCCCUCUUCCCAAACUCGUCGCUCAGUGCCUCGGCGCUUCAGUCGCAUUUCCUCAAGCGCCGCUCGCUCCCCACCCAGCUGCCUGGCGGUCGGCUCAACUUCAUCAAGUUCGAGACAGCCAAUAUUGGGUCCUGCCUCUCGUUUCUCAAGGAGCUCAUUGAGUCGUCGGCACGGGCCAAUAAGGUAUCGCUGGAGCAAAUGCGCAAGCGCGUCAAGGUCAUGGCAACUGGCGGAGGCGCCCACCUCUUCUUUGACCUUUUCGAAGCCGAGCUCGGCGUCGAGGUGGGCAAGGAGGAUGAGAUGGGUUGUCUGAUCACCGGACUCAACUUCAUUACUUUAAUCCCCGACGAGGUCUUCUGGUACAGCGAUGAGCUCGUCAGCAGCUUGGCGCAGGCUCUCCCCACGAACCUGACCGAUCGACGGGAUCCUUCUUCAUCAUCCCCGUCCUCGUCCUCUUCGCUGUUGGCGCCUUUGCCUUCGGUAUCGGGAGAAAAGGAUUCAAAGGCCAAGGCCGAGCCCUCUGAUCCUCCGCCGUUGCCGAGACCGUCGCCGGAUCCACCUCUGUAUGCUCCCCUCUUUGACUCGAACCCAUCGCCCAAGCUCCCUUGCCUGCUCGUCAACAUCGGCAGCGGUGUCAGUAUCAUCCGUGUCGACGACUAUGGCAAAUUCGAGCGGGUCAGUGGCACGAGUCUGGGUGGAGGGACACUUUGGGGCCUCCUCAGCCUCUUGACUGACGCUGACAGCUUCGAUGAGAUGUUGGAGAUGGCGACACUGGGCGACAAUAGCGCCGUCGACAUGCUCGUCUCAGACGUCUACGGAGCGACGGAUGCGCUCUCUUCAGUGGGGCUCAAGAGCAACACAAUUGCUUCAUCUUUUGGCAAGGUUUUUCGCAAGGACAAGGGGGGCGAACAGGAGGGCGAAGAAGGGGGACCGGGGAGACAGAGAAGACAAAAGAAGUUCAGGCAAGAAGAUAUCUGCAAGAGUCUUCUCUACGCCGUGUCGAACAACAUCGGACAGAUUGCCUACAUGAAUGCGGAGAAGUUCAAUCUCGACCGCAUUUACUUCAGCGGAUGCUUCAUUCGGGGACAUCGAGCGACAAUUGCAACUCUCUCUUACGCCAUUCGCUUCUGGUCGAAGGGUAGCAAGCGUGCCUUCUUCCUCCGCCAUGAGGGCUACCUCGGCGCAGUGGGCGCAUGGAUCAAGCAUGUCUCCAACGAUGGCGCAGAAGGCAGCAACAAUCACAACACUUCCAGCUCCAGCAUAGCUUCUCCCUCCGCUCCUACAUCGGCCACCAAGGCUUCUUUUGAAGAAGUGGUCAACCAACAUCACCGGACUAGGAGCUUGAGCUCGAGGCCAGAAAAUAUGCCAACACCUGUGGCUGAAGUGCAGGAGCCGAGGGCUGGCGAGAGUGGGUCUGGAACACCAUUGACCGGCAUCAAUGGCACCCACCCUGACCCGAUGCAUUCGAUGCCGCCCAUGCUAGCAGAAGCGCUUGGAGGUGCCCCGCUCAAUGAUGGACCAAGAUCCAAUGGGGUCGUGCACAGCGACGAGCUCGAAGACGUUACCGUGGGCCCCGAAGAUGAGGAAGAGAUCGACGGUAAGCAGGAGGCAGACGCGGCAGCGCUCCUGGAAUCGCUCUCCGCCGAAGACCGCGCUCUGCUGGCGCCGAUGCUCCUGGGACCUGGCGAAGACGGUGCCAGCGGGGCGAAGAUGAGCGUCGCUGAAUUGCUCGCCAAGAUGGAUGCCGCGAGCGGAGCGGCAGACGGACUCGAAGAUAAGCUGGACAGAUUGCUUAGCAAGCUCGACGGCAUGCUGCUGGAGGAAGAAUCUACCACUGCCGCCGGCACUCGCGGACGAUGAUUACAGUCACGCAGACGUUGCGUCUUGCGCUUCAUAACACCCUACUUCUGCCACCUUAACAACAACUAUCCCUCUAUCCUAUAGGAAUGCAGCAAUCUAAACGAUUUCAU